ACAUUUUGGUAACAUAUUUAAUGUGUUGUUAUAACAUUAGUUCACAAUUAUAGAUAAAAGGCAAAUAUGAAGGGAAAAGCAAUCAAUUUUCUAGUUUUGUUCUCUUGCCUUUGGUUAUCAGAACAGGCGCAAGUCAAAGUUUCUGUUUAUUAUGAAGUGCUUUGCCCAGACAGCAUUGACUUUAUUUCAAACCAAUUCCAUCCUACUUACAAGGAUCUCAAAGAUUACAUUGAUGUAGAAUUUAUACCAUAUGGUCAUGCAUCAGAAACAAAUAUAACAGGACAAUGGGCAUUUACUUGCCAACAUGGCCCUGCAGAAUGUUUCGGAAACGCUUUCCACUCUUGUGUCCUUGCUCUAAACUCCGAUAAAAUCAAAACAGAAAACUUUGUCUACUGUUCUAUGAGUUCAAGCGAUCCAGCUAGCCUUCAAAUUAUCGAACAGUGUCUUGACAAAGCCGAUCUGGUGUGGAAAACAAUUAAAAACUGUUACUUUAGUAAUGAAUACGUCAAAUAUCUUAUACAAAAUGGAGAAAAAACUAGAGCAGCUGAAAAUACUUCUUUCAUUCCAACUAUCGUGCUAAACGACAAAUUCAGUCAGGAAAAUCAGGACGACGCGCUUAGUGACUUCAGAAAAUUGAUCUGCAAGACUUUGAACUAUGAGCCAAAAGAAUGUAAAGAAGAAGGCAUUAAACUGAUUUUAGCUUAAAAUAUAAUAUAUAUACAAUAAUAAAAUUUCUGUUUAAUUUCUUGAAUAUCCUAGAUGUUUUAUAAAAUAGCAUUUACUUACAAAGAAAACGAAAAUAACAAAUAAUAAAAAUUAAUUAUUGUUA